AUGGCGUCUAACACAGCACUUGAGAAACCCAAGAUCAGCAAGCGGAGCUGGAGCGAUGAAUUCCGCUACUAUGCCCAACACUUGAAUGUUAUGAAUGCCAUAAUACUACUGGGCGCCAUCCCAACUUACUUCACGGCUAUCCUUCAUGUUCCUCUUCGGUGGGAGACCUUCUUGUUGACGGGCGUCUUCUACCUUGCUGGAGGUAUGGGUAUAACAGCAGGGUAUCACCGCCUCUGGUCUCACAGGUCUUAUAAAGCAUCAACACCACUACGAUACUGGCUCGCCAUCAUGGGAGCUGGUCAAUGGCAAUGGUCCAUCCUCUGGUGGGCAAAGCACCACCGCUCCCACCACCGCUACACCGAUACCGAACAAGACCCUUACAACCCAACCCGCGGGUUUUUCUUCUCCCAUGUCGGGUGGCUAGUUGGUUAUAACCCGAAGUCAUGGGGGAAGGUCGAUCUCUCCGAUCUACUCGCCGACCCCGUGGUAGUCUGGCAACACAAAUGGGGCACUCUAGUCGGGUUCAUAACCGCAGUUCUGCUCCCAGUACUAAUAGCCCAUUUUGGCUGGAAUGAUGCACGUGGUGCACUAGUGCACACAGUCCUGGGCCGGUUAAUGUGGAUCUGGCAUCUAGGAUUCUUCGUCAAUUCCAUCGCCCAUCUCCCCUGGUUUGGCUCACAGCCGUACUCAGAUAAGCAUAGUGCUCGCAAUGUGUUGCUUUUCGCGUGGGUUUUGGCGGGCGAGGCGAGCCACAAUUUCCAUCACACCUUCCCGGCCGAUUAUCGAAACGGGCUCCAUUGGUAUGAAGGUGAUUUGUCACGGUGGUUUAUUCGGACGUGCGAGCGGUUGGGACUUGCGUGGGACCUCCAUAUUACCAGUCCUGCUGAGAUUGAGAGAGCGCGACAGCGGCAGAUUAAUAUCGCGGAGGGGAUUGCUCACGGGCCGGAAAUUGCUGAGCUACCUAAGAUGGAGUGGCAGGAUUUUGUGGAGCAGGCAGCUGCUGGUCGGUGUAUCACGGCCGUGCAUGGAAUUAUUCAUGAUGUUACCGAAUUCAUGGCCGAUCACCCUGGUGGGCCGGAGUUGGUGCAGCAGUAUAUUGGGAAAGAUGCUACUAUGGCGUUUUACGAUGAGGGUUCUCAUGUUCACUCCCCUUAUGCUGAGACUUUGUUGGGUAAUAUGAGGGUGGCCGUUACGCGUCGACAGGAGGGAUUCAACGAGAAGAAAGCAGAGUAG